UAAGAGGCAGAGCAGGACGGCGUGUGCAGCGAGGACGAGGAGAGACUCGUCAGGGACCUCUUCCGUGGGUACAACAAGCUCAUCCGCCCUGUUGAGAACAUGACCUACAACGUCGACGUCGCCUUCGGGCUGGCCUUCAUCCAGCUCAUCAAUGUGAAUGAGAAGAACCAGAUCAUGAAGUCUAAUGUGUGGCUGAGACUGGUGUGGAAGGACUACCAACUGAGAUGGGACGCGGCCGACUAUGGUGGCAUCAAAGUCCUCCGGCUCCCGCCCGACAAAGUAUGGAAACCGGACAUCGUAUUGUUUAACAACGCCGAUGGGAACUACGAGGUCCGCUACAAGAGCAACGUCCUUAUCUACCCCAACGGCGAGGUCCUCUGGGUGCCGCCCGCUAUCUACCAGAGUUCGUGCACCAUAGACGUUACCUACUUCCCCUUCGAUCAGCAGACGUGCCUAAUGAAGUUUGGUUCUUGGACCUUCAACGGGGACCAGGUCUCGCUCUCUCUCUACAACGAGAAGAAUUUCGUCGAUCUCUCAGACUACUGGAAAUCCGGGACCUGGGAUAUUGUCGAGGUGCCGGCGUUCCUGAACGUGAUCCACAACGACCGGGGCCCCACCGAGACGGACAUCACCUUCUACAUCACCAUCAGACGGAAGACGCUCUUCUACACCGUCAACUUGAUCCUCCCAACAGUGCUCAUCUCCUUCCUCUGUAUCUUGGUCUUCUACCUCCCGGCCGAGGCCGGCGAGAAGGUGACGCUCGGUAUCUCCAUUUUGCUGUCGCUCGUCGUGUUCCUCCUGCUGGUGUCGAAGAUCCUGCCGCCCACUUCGCUGGUGCUUCCCCUCAUCGCCAAGUACCUCCUCUUCACCUUCGUCAUGAACACCGUCUCCAUCCUCGUUACCGUCGUCAUCAUCAACUGGAACUUCAGAGGUCCCAGGACCCACCGGAUGCCUAACUGGAUCCGGGUGAUGUUUCUCAAAUACCUGCCCAUCAUGCUCUUCAUGAAGCGACCCAAGAAGACGCGACUCCAUUGGAUGAACGAGAUGAGUGGAGUGCCGCCGCACCACCACUACGGCGGCCCGGAGGUCGACAAGGGCACCAGCAAGCUGGAACACAUGGAGCUCUCCAACCUCCACCAUCCUAACUGCAAGAUUAAUAGAGAGUCUCCACUGUUGCAGAUGCCGCGGCGCGAGUCUGAGAGCUCAGACUCGCUCUUCAUCACCCCUGAGGCGUACAAAGCGACGGAGGCCAUAGAGUUCAUCGCUGAACACCUCAGGAACGAGGAUGAGUAUAUCCAGAUUCGAGAAGACUGGAAAUACGUGGCCAUGGUGAUCGACCGGCUUCAGCUAUAUAUAUUCUUCGCCGUCACCACCGCCGGUACCAUUGGCAUCUUAAUGGACGCUCCUCAUAUAUUUGAAUACGUUGACCAGGAUAAGAUAAUUGACACAUACAGAGGGAAGUGAAAAGAUAACCUUGUACUGGAAUUCAACGUGUAUAAUAUAAAAUGACAAAAAAAAAUCUUUUUACACUAGAGUGAAAAUGAAUAACCUAUAAGAGAAAAUGAAUAAUCUGCAAAAAGAGAAAAUGUUCACUACAAAGAGAGUGAGAGUGUACAUUACAAGAGCAAUUUGGUAUGAGAGAAAAUGGGUAUUAAGGAAAAAUAGGGCACACUGCAUAGAGAGAAUAAGGGAGUCUAUAUACUGAAGAUCUCGAAAUGUAAUACUUUGUGUAUAUAUUUGUUUCGCUCCCCCUCUCAUUCUCUUUCUGGAUUAAGCAUGAAAAUUAGCCCUCUAUCUCUGGAAGAUAUAAGGAAAAAAUGAGAUAAACAAUGUGAUAUCUAGUGUGUGAUGUUUGGUAACAUCAAAUAUUUUAAGAGAAUAUAUUAUAUAUAUAUAGAUAUAUAUAUAUAUAUAAAAGUUCAAAGUACUCUUUUAUCAUGGUGCCAAUUCUAUAUUUGUGCUUUUGGUUGUGUUAAAUCAGUAUUUUGGGUCGUGAGGCAGUGCCCUCGCGUUAACAUUGUUUGGCUGAAGACUCGACUGAGGGCUCUUCUUUGGGUCCUUGUACAGCAUUAGAGGUCCUCGGGAUCCUCCUCGGGUACUCGCGGGAGAGGCCUUCCUAAGCUCCUCAAGGUCUAUUCCAGGAGCCUUAAGGGGGGAUUUUUCUAAGAGUCCUUGGAGCCUGUCGGAAGUCUUCCUGAGGCCCCUGGUGUUCUCGGGACCCGACAGAGGUCUUGGCCAUCCCCUGGUUUGUUGUAAACACCACCAGGUGUCUGAGAGUCUGCCUGUAAUACCUUAAAACGUAUUCUCCGCGAUGGUCAGCUGAAGAUUCUUACCAGUUGUGUAAGUUUCUCCAGUGUAUUAUUCUCUCCUUAAAAAAAUAUACACAUAUAUAUAUCACAUUUAUAACAAUGACAAAAUACAAAGAUGUCGUAAGAUAUACCCGGCACACAGAAGGUGUAUAUCCUUUAUUUAUUUUUUUUUUAAGAAUCGUUACACCAAAACCAUUUCAGACUUCAAAUCUUCUGGCAUCAGUGCUCAAAAUAAGUUAUCAGAGCAAGCGAUGGUUUGCGUGCAUGUGUGUGAGAACGUUCCGUAUGCUUACAAAAUUAGCAGUGAGAGAGCCUGCGAAUCCGUGUUUACGUUAGAGCAAUUGAGAGUGCGUGUCUGAAUAUUUGUCGCAAGAUAUACGUGGGAGUGGAACAUACAUUGCCAGAAAUCAAUAUUAACAUCUUUGUUGUUUCUUUGUUGUGGUGUGAGUGAGGCGGUGGCCCAGCUCCAAACGAAGGCCGCUUGCCACGACUCUUUGCGUCAGGCCAGAACAAUCAGGAUAUUGAUUAGAUAUAUUUGUAGUUUUCAUAGGUGCGAAUUUAGCGACACGUUUCAUAUGUUUACAUAUAUAUAUAUAAAUAGGUAUUAAGUAAAUUUGUAUGUAAAUUACUACAUGGUUUGGCGUUUAUGCUCAAGGUGUUAAUUGGUGACCCUGGGCGGGGGGGGCAUGGGGUACGAGGAGUCCCCAACCCCCCAGACGGAACAAAAGGCAUGCUUGGGUGGACGCCUGGUGGAAUGCAGUGCUUGUCUUUCCAAUAUUAGCAUGGACAAUAGAACAUUAUUUUAACUGAAGAGAAGAGAUACAGAAAAGAACUAUUGUCUUGCUCACAAGUAUUAGGUGCAAUUAAUUUCUAUCUUGGAUAGUACUUAUGCUUUGACAAAUGUAAGUUUCCUAGCAUUUCUUGCUUCAUGCUUCUGUCUACAGGUGCCUCCGAAAUCUGGAUACCCUGUCAACGUGACAGUUCCUUGGUCAGUCUGAGAACUCUCGGUGCGUCGUGCCACAAGCUUCUGACAGCCCUCUGAUAGACCAGGCAAUAGUUUACUUGAUCUGGGAUUCUUUUUUGAAUGCGCCAAAUUCCUGACGGAAUUAUUAAAAAUAUUUUUUAAAGAGACUAUACGAAGCAUUGUAUCAUUGCGAUAAAAUCUUCAUGUAAUGUAGGUAACCCGAUUUAAUAGGAAUUAAUUCUUCGGUUUCUGUACGAUAAUACACAACCCUCGAAAGGGUGUUAAUAAUUUUAAGAUUCUUUUGAUAAAGUAUAAUAAGUGGGCCUUGAUAAAGUUUCGCGGCUAGUUUUAAGCGGUACUCAAGAGGUUACGGGUACUGGAUUUUCCUAUCAAUGCCAUGGUACCUUUAACUGCUAAGAAACACAAGUGCUAAUUAUUCUUCACAAUGUUUAGUUGUAUACUAAUGCUUUUUGGUAAGAAUUUCGACGAUUCUUAGAAACGUAAGUUUAUUUUAAAUCAUUAAGUUUUCAUCUUAAAACCUGAGUGUUGACAUCCUGAUUCAGAAAACACAACUACUAAAUAAAUGUAAUUUUUCCAAACUCAGAGGCGAGUGCUUGACUGACAAAACUACCCGCCCUCUCCCCGCUAUAUGUCUGUACUGUUAGUGCAAUCAAAAUAAGAAGCCUCUCCUCUCAACCCAUUUAUACAUGUUUGUUGCGAGAGAUUUUGUUUCCCCCACGAUCAAGCUUAAAUGAGCUGAAUAUACCGUAAGCUCUUUCUUUGUUGUGUGUUGUAUUCGUUUGUUUGUUUGUGGGAAGGCGUUUGCCAAUUCCAGAAGUUGAAUCGUGGUAGUGUGAAUUGACUGGUUAAAUUGGCUCUUGCUAUUAAUACAUAAAUAUAUAUGUAUAUAAUUUUAUUUAUUUAGGUAUCAUUUAUCAUAAAGAUAAAUGGUAAAAAAAGUCCUUCAUCUUUUUUACCCAGAAUUUUCUGAAAGCAAUGGAUAUGGAUAUUCUUGUGAAAUUUCUAUUGCGCAAGUGUGUGUAAUUUUCAGAACACGAAUAUUUUGAUACUGUAGAUGAAAUAACCAAAUGUAUGCUUCAAGUUAUUAGUCUAAAUGGAAAGACUGAACUCGCUCUCUACGGAGAUCUUCCAAGUUAGAGAAUUUCUUGGAACUGUUAAUGAGUGCUAGUUACGAACCUUUGGCCAGAGAAAAAUGUCCUAAGGCUAUACGUGUAUUGUCUAUAAGUUUAUCUAAUAUUUUUAUAUUUUUUGCAGACAGAAAACUCAUUCUGACUAAAACUUUCCGUUAUAGGGCGACCUGAUCACUGUCAGGGGGCCGCCAACUUCCUAAAAAAAAAUCAAUGGACACGAAGCGGACAGAUAGUCUUAGUUAGAAUCAGGUUUCGUGAUCGCAUAUACUUCCGCCGCAUAUGCUGUAAAUGCUGAAAGGCUUUCUAAUUUAGAAAUAGAUUUAUUAUCUAGUGUUUGUUUGUUAGACCUACCUAUCUGAAAAGAAGUAUCUUUAGAAAAUGUAGAUUCAAACAGAAUUGAUUUUUCCCCAACUUGAUUUAACAGCAUCGAAGUUUUAGGUAUUACUUUCGACAUUAUCGCUUGAGUAAAUCGUUUAAGACUUCGAUCAGUAUGUUUUAAUUCCGUUUGUGUUGCUGCUGCACAUUACUCGGAUUCCGAUAUGAAGAAGUGUGUGAAUCGGUUCAUGGUGUUGAGAGCAGAACAACUCUGCACUGGCCGGCGUCUCCAGCCGUCAAGUUCGCAGUCUGCUGCGAUUUUGUGGAUUGCCUUUCCUCACAAAGAUCGCAAAGAUGGCCUCGUUCCCUUUUGCCGAAACUACCUUUUGCUGGUAGUGAUUUCUCGAACAUUUUUUUAUUAUUAUUAUUAUUACCUUAUGAGGUGUUACGAUGCCACGGCCGUGUGCUUCUUAGUUUAAGUUUAGAUUCUUGUUAUAGCAGAUGAUGAAGCAGUCGUGACGAUGGGUACGUGGCGGUGGUUCGGAAGUUAUUACGAGGAAACAAGGCCAUUGACAACGAUCUUGUAAGCGUAUGAAUACUGCCCACAAUCCAGUUUUACAUUUUCUGAGUUUUAUGUAAGUUUUCAACGUUUUUUAAUAAUUUUGCCAAUUUCUUAUUUCUGUUUGGGUGGCAAAAGUAUACAUGAAAUGUCUUUUGUCGGUAGUGUUUUAAGUAUACAGUUUCGGGUUCGUGUCCAUAUUCUGACAUUUUUCUACGUAACAUUUUUGUGAUAGUGACUUUGGCAUACAUGACUUAUGGAACUGACGUGGUUUUACACCGGACUACUCCGGAGCUGAAGCCACAGCCUCCACAACUCGCUGUUGACUAAUAACAGGACUGCUUCAAUACACACACAAAUCACAAUAGCGUGAUGCAUCAAAUGAACAAAUCCACAAGGGGCGUAAAUGACGGUUCGAACUUGUGCCCGAGAUGAUCCCAGACGCUGCCUUAGUCGACUAGGCCACGACAUGGUUAAGUUGCAACCAUUCCAAGAAUUGAAACUCCCGGUUGCAAUUCUUUUAACCAUGUCGUGGCCUAAUCGACUAAGGCGGCGUCUGGGAUCAUCCCGGGCAUAAGUUCGAACCCUCAUCACGACCCUUAUGGAUUUGCUCAAGGACUUCUUCGUUCUCUAACCUCUCUCUCUUUCUCACUCACUCACUCAAUCCCACACUCACUCAUUCUCUCUCACACACACACUCCCCCCUUGUUGUUCGUACAAUAAGUUCAGUUCUCGUCUAACACUACAAAA